GAUUGUACACUUGAAGUUUUCUCUCUCGUUUUGGUCCUUAAAACUCAUGGGUGGUCGCGCGUCAGCGUAGACCAUAGAAAGAGGAUGAGCACGAAGAUGGGGAUGAGGACGAGGGCGAAGAUGAAGGGGAGCGCACCUCUACUGAAGUGACUUUCUGCCCCCACGUCCAUUCACCAUGCGUAAGCGGGCCGUCCUGCAAAGUCCGAGUCUGAGCUCAGUAAUUAGCGUUAGAUUCGCGGUUGCGGUGAACCUCUAUGAGAUUUCGUUAGCCUGAGCACGCGCGUGUGCUGGGUUUCGUAAGUGCCUCGCUUUGUCGCCCUUAUUUUGGUUCGUCUUUCACGCGCUCAUGGCAGUCAUUACGCGCGUGCUGUAGCCUGCCAGGCUCGCGCGCAGUUGCCUCCUUUUAUAUAUAUUUAUAUCAGCUAAUGACUGAAGGAGUCUUUCCCCCUGGGUGCUGAGAGGGUCUCUGAACUGGGAUAUUGAGCCCACUGUGUGUGUGCGUGUGUGCCCCUCUCCGCUCCUUCAGCAGCAGACUGGCGGGUUGCUGCUCGGGCACUAUGGAGGAGAAACCCAAGGAUGAGAGUAGCAGCAGCAGCGGCGGCGGCGGCGGCGCUAAAGGACAAGAGGCGACGUCCUACCAGCGGAGGAUGUGGAGGAAUUUCCAGGAGAAGACCAAGCCGUUUCUGAGCCCCAAGCUGGGCUCGGAGAGACGCAGGGCGGACGGUGGUGGUAUUGGUAAGAAAGAGACAGGGUUGUGGAUGUUCAAGCGGAAAAAGAAACAAGUGCUAGACCGGGUCUUCUCGUCCUCUCAGCCCAACCUGAGCGCCUCUCCUCCGCCCUCUCUGGCUGCCAUAGCUGAGCCGGGCUCCAGUACUGGGCCGGUUGGAGCUAGCGGAAUUGCGGCUAACAAACCCGAGCUUUCUGUUUCUGCUCACGGCAGCCCGCAGCUCACUGUAGCCCACCUGGCUCUGUCCCAGCAGCAGAAGAGCUCGUCCUUGGGCUCGGCGUGCUUCGAGAAACUGGUGGUCGAGUCUGCACCGUCCAGUGAGGAUGAGCUGGGGAAAAACGCCAGCGACUCGGGCAUUAACAUUGUGGGGCCAAGUAAUGCAGAUCCACCUGCCCCUAUCCAUCCCAGGAUGUACCAGCUGGACAUCGUACUGAAGAAGGGGAAUAAUCUCGCAAUCAGAGACAGAGGAGGUACUAGUGACCCCUAUGUGAAGUUUAAGAUCGCAGGGAAAGAAGUCUUCCGCAGCAAGACCAUACAUAAGAACCUGAACCCGGUAUGGGAUGAAAAAGUCAGUCUUCUGGUGGACAGUCUGAGAGAACCACUCUAUGUCAAGGUCUUUGACUAUGACUUUGGGCUGCAGGAUGAUUUCAUGGGCUCUGCGCAUCUUUAUCUGGAGUCCCUGGAGCAUCAUAGAACCCUGGAUGUGACCCUUGACCUGAAAGAUCCACAUUACCCAGACCAUAACCUGGGCUCUCUGGAGCUGGGAGUGACUCUCACACCUAAAGAAGGGGAUUUUAGGGAAGCUACCAUGCUUUUGAGAAGGAGCUGGAAAAGAUCCAGUAAGCACCAGAGUCUGAGGUUAUCAGAUGUCCAUAGGAAAGCCCAGCUAUGGAGAGGUAUCGUCAGCAUUAGUUUAAUCGAAGGUCGUAACCUCCAGCCCAUGGACACUAACGGCUUAAGUGACCCAUAUGUUAAAUUCAGAAUGGGCCACCAAAAAUACAAAAGCAAGACGAUAAACAAAACAUUAAACCCUCAGUGGAGAGAACAGUUUGACUUCCACUUGUAUGAUGAGCAGGGUGGCUUUAUAGAUAUCACCGUCUGGGAUAAAGAUGCUGGCAAGAAAGAUGACUUCAUGGGCAGGUGUCAGGUGGACCUGUCUGUCCUCCCUAAAGAAUGCACACACAGGCUGGACCUCCCACUGGAGGAGGGCGAGGGCACUCUAGUGCUGCUGGUCACCCUGACUGCCUCCGCCGCUGUCUCCAUCUCAGACCUGUCAGUCAACAUUCUGGAUGAUCCACAUGAGAGGAGAGAGAUCCUGCACAGAUACAGUCUGCUGAGUUCCCUCCACAACAUUAAAGACGUCGGCGUGGUACAGGUGAAGGUUAUUCGGGCAGAGGGACUGAUGGCAGCUGAUGUUACAGGCAAGAGUGACCCCUUCUGCGUUGUGGAACUUAGCAACGACCGCCUGCAGACGCACACCGUGUACAAAAAUCUCAACCCAGAGUGGAAUAAAGUCUUUACAUUUAACGUGAAAGACAUUCACUCCGUGUUGGAAGUUACGGUUUACGACGAGGAUCGAGACCGGAGUGCUGACUUCUUGGGCAAAGUGGCCAUUCCGUUAUUAAGCAUCCAAAAUGGUGAACGGAAAGCUUACGCCUUGAAAAGCAAGGAGCUGACAGGGCCAACAAAAGGGGUCAUCUUUCUCGAACUAGACGUGAUUUAUAAUGCUGUGAAAGCUGGUCUCAGGACACUGAUACCUAUCGAGCAAAAGUACAUCGAAGAGGAGCCUCGAGUUUCUAAACAGUUGCUAUUGCAGAACUUCAACAGAGUGAGGCGCUGCAUCAUGUUCCUCAUCAACGCUGGCUGCUACAUCAACAGCUGCUUUGAGUGGGAGUCUCCUCAGAGGAGCAUCUGUGCCUUCCUUCUCUUCAUAGUAGUGGUGUGGAACUUUGAGCUCUAUAUGAUCCCACUGGCUCUGCUGUUGCCCUUGGCCUGGAACUACAUCCUCAUCGCCUCGGGAAAGGACACCAGACAGGGAGACGUGCAAGCAGUGGAGGACUUACUGGAGGACGAGGACGAAGACUAUGACAGGGAUGACAAGGUGCCGGGCUCUGUCCCCUCCCAUGAUGGACGGCUGCCUGAAAGCCAUAUCCUUGAGGAUAUUUUGGCUUCCUGGCACUUUGAGUGGAUUCGCGUGAUGGUGGACUCAGAGAAAAAAGGUUUCAUGAACAAGCUGUAUGCUAUUCAAGAUGUGUGUAUCAGUGUGCAGAGUGCACUGGAUGAAGUGGCCUCCUACGGCGAGAGGAUAAAGAACACUUUCAACUGGACCGUGCCUUUUCUCAGCUGGCUGGCCAUAGUGGCACUGUGUGUAGCCACUGUUAUAGUUUACUUCAUUCCCCUCAGAUACAUCGUCCUAGCCUGGGGGGUGAACAAAUUCACGAAGAAGCUGCGAGACCCAUACACCAUUGACAACAACGAACUGCUGGACUUCCUCUCCAGAGUGCCCUCCGACGUGCAAGUGGUGCAGUACAGAGAGCUGAAACUGGAUCCCAGUCACAGCCCAAAUAAAAGAAAGAAAAAUAACCCGGGGUAGCUCUCUUCCUUCUCCAAUGGACUUCCCCAAACCAAACUUACGAACUUAGCACGCCAAGGAGAAUAACACUGGUCUAGACCCUCUAGGUCUUUCCUUCUUUGUUUGUUUGUUUGUUUCUUUCUUUCUUUCUUUCUUUCUUUCUUUCUUUUUCUUUCUUUCUUUCUUUCUUUCUUUCUUUCUUUCUUUCUUUCUUUCUUUCUUUCUUUCUUUCUUUCUUUCUUUCUUUCCUUGACAGUGUACAGUCCAAAGGAGUGCAAAUGGUGAAUGUGAAAAUGAGGAGCAGUUUUAAUUAUUACCAUGAGGGUUUCUGCCAUACUUGUUUACUUUUUUGUGCAGAGGAGAGUGUGAAAAGCUCUUGACCCCUUUUAGAGUCAUAGAGCCGGAGCUAUUUGUCACUGGAUGGCACUAGGCAGACGGCUCUAAAAGCCAAGGUGUCCUUCUAGCACAGCAGAGGGAGUCUGGAGCGAGCGGCUUCAGCCACAAAUAGCAGGAUCAGCUGAUAAUACACCCAACUGCACCGACACGUCUCAUCUCUAUCUUGUAGGAGAAAUCUGGAGUUUGCACCCUGCAAUUUCCACAGCACAGUGAGUGUUAUACCCAAAGCCCUCCGCAGCUGUUAGGCAGCAGUUAUUAGAGUUGUCAGCAAAGCCUGUUACAGUUCGAUUUAUGGCUGUAACUAAAGUGCUUGAAGAAAAAACACAACUCGCUGGUCCAGGAGCCAGGAUUCAUAAAUCUGGGAAAUUUAUAAUUCAGAUGGUAUAAAUGAUACAUGCUUGGUUUAUUUGUUAUUAAAUAAAAAACUGGCAAUGUCAACGUCUGUACUAUCCUUGUUAGUUUAAGGGGGGUGUUUCACAAAGCAGGAUUUCUCAGUAGCGUAAAAAAGUGAAUUGUCAAAUACAAAUCUACAUUAGCUCUUCUCAUAAGAUGAGACUUUGACUUUAGUCUUAACUCUGAGAUGUUUUGAGUUAUUACUUUCAUUUUGUCAUGCUAUUUAAUUGUAGUUACAUGAUUAUUACAUAAUUAUUUAUUAAAUUACAUAAUUUAAUGUUAUGUAAUAAACUUAUUGAUUAGAUAUCUUUCACAUCAAAUUACAUCAUCAUUUUAUGUCACUGUUGAUAACUGCAACUUCUAAGUGUUAUGUUAUCUGGAUAACUGAGAAUUCAUACUUUAAGAAAAUGUGAAAACAUCUGUGUUGGCCACUGAGGAUCAGUCUAGUCUAACUCUGGCCUCCUCCACAGUAUCAUUAGCCUUGCCCCCCCUCCCCACCACCCCAUGCUGCAGUGUGCGAGGUUUACCACGAGGUGCCACCCUGCUAAUAUGAAUGCGGGCGUGGUUAGAUGGAAUGGCACGCGUGUGGUGGCUGAGCGCCAUGCUAAUCACUAAUCGUAUUUGAGAAGCGUCUCCUUUCCUCUGCCCUACACUGGCACUGCUGCGCUACCAGACCCCACCCGGCUCCCGCACAGCCCUCCACUUUGAUCUCUCUUUCAAGAUGGGCCGCUGUGUGAGGAGAGAGGCCUAAACACCCAAAAAGAAGUAAUGCUUUUAAUUUUCCCUAAUCAUUUGUCUCAUUUCCACAUUAAUAUAAUGUGUCAAUACAGUUGUUGCAAAAAAAUAAAUAACCAAAAAAAAAAAACGUGUAAUAUAUGUCUGCAACUGAAUUCAGUGCUUUUUUUUUAGUCGAGGUGACAUGGAGAGAGCAAGUCUGAGCACUUGUCCCUCUACAGUAUUUACUAUCCAAAACUCAUGACCGGCAGCCACACUUAGAGAGGCAAACAGCUCUGUGGUGUUUGUCAUUGUGGGGAAUAGUCUUCUUGACGAAAACAUCGAUAGUGUGUGACAAGCCGCUUCAGGGACUUGGCAGGGGUGCGGCGAGGGCAGGAGUUUAGCGCUGCUGUUAGCUGGGGAGGGAAGAGGACUAGGAGGGCAUGGUUUGCUCUUUUUGUUUUUCUUUUGAACCUCUUCCUGUCAUCCUUCUCUAAGUUCUGCAUUCUCUCUGCCGUUUCCUCUCCUUCAUCCAUCCGUCGGAGAGGGAGGUCACGACUUGGCCUGUGGGGGGAGCCUCUUGGGGGACCUCUGCAGAGCAAGUGUUGAAAGAUCACAGCAAAAAAGUGCCAUCAGAGGAGGCUUCCAUUCUGCUCCAGUCCCUCCACGAGAAAAGAAGAAGAGGAAGACGAAAAAAAUCCCUUCUGGCUUCUUUUUGUACGAACACAUCUGUCAUAUGGAAAGCCCAUUGAUUUGUUUGAGAGCAUUUCCUUACAAAGACAACAUGCUCCCUAUUGACCAACUCACUGAUGGUACUGAUGUGAUCCCCAUUAAAAAAAGAACAACAACUCUUGAAGAACAAUUUGUAACUGGGACUCUUUUCUAAGCCUGAAUGUGUAUGUGCUGUUCAACUUUUUUUUAAUUGUUCAGUGGAUAUAUUGUGUGUGGUUGUUGCAUCCCAAAAAAAGAGAAAGAAAUCUGUUUUCUAAAGGCAUUUGUGCUAUGUUUGCAAGAAACCAAAGUGGAACUUUUUAACAAUAAGAAUAAAGACCAAUAUCAAUGUAGAAUGUAACAUUUCCAUCAAAGGCAAAAGGGAAAAAACGCACUUUCAUUUGCACCGAUUUAUUUGAACUAUUUAUUUGAGCUUUGUUUUUAAACCGUGUAAAUAUUCUUCUUGUACAUUAUAUAUAUGCUUGUAAAUUGUCAAAUGUUUAUGAUGUAUAGUUGUAUGUGUGUCAUUUUUUCUUGAAAAUGUUUGAGCCUGCAGUGUUGCCUGUUCCAUCAUCAUUAAGCUUCCAGCGAUUGGAUGAAGUGAGAAUGAAUGCAGGUGAAGGCAAACAAUAGGAGAACAGAGCUGAAACAAUUCAAAUAAAUGCACCAGAUGUUAUGUCUAUUACUUUUGGAAAGAAAAACUAUGAAGAUUAUUAAAUAUUUUUUAUCAUCUC